GACUAUUUUGACAGAAGAAAUGAAUUGAGCAAUCUCAUGAGCUUGACCAAAGCUACUGUAACUCGAGUUCAAGUAGUUGGAAUGGGGGAUCGAGUUUGUGUGGAUCUUUGUAGCCUCAUGAGACCUGGUGAAGGACUUCUGGUUGGAUCUCUUGCAAGGGGAUUAUUUCUUGUGCACUCAGAAUGCUUGGAGUCAAAUUAUAUUGCAAGCAGGCCUUUUCGAGUUAAUGCGGGACCAGUACAUGCCUAUGUUGCCAUUCCAGGAGGAAAGACUUGCUACCUUUCUGAGUUAAAAACGGGCAAAGAGGUCAUAGUAGUUGAUCAAAAAGGCCAACAACGAACUGCAAUUGUUGGGCGAGUGAAGAUAGAGACUAGACCACUCAUUCUUGUUGAGGCAAAGAGAGAUUCAGAUAACCAAACUCUUUACAGCAUCCUUCUACAAAAUGCAGAAACGGUUGCCCUUGUUUGUCCUUGCCAAGGGGCUGGGUUACAAAAAACAGCAAUCCCUGUGACCUCACUUGAAGUUGGAGACGAAGUUAUACUGAGAUUACAGGGAGGGGCACGUCAUACAGGAAUAGAAAUUCAAGAAUUCAUUGUGGAGAACUGAAAUUGCAGAAGUAUAUUAUUUUUAAUCAUAUUGUUCUUCAUACCAUUUUUCUACUUGCUUUCCAAUGUUUAAUGAGUCUACAAUCUUAUGCCUCAUUUUAUGUAUCUUCGACAGGGAGCCCUGCUUCGAAGAGCAAGUUUUGCAGCUAGUCCCGCGACUAUUGAAAAAACUACUGAAAAUGCUGUGUAAUUUUUUUUUUUUUUUUAAAGCACCUAAAUCAAACCCAUUUCCCAGAUGAUUCCUUGGAAAUAUUGUGGGACAAUUCCAGUGAAAUUCUGCAAUUCGACGGAUGCAAUGGAACGAGAAUUAUUAAAUUUUUC